GGAACAGUUGAGUUCCGUAUGUUCAAGGAUCUGAUGGAGUGGUGAUUUCUCCAAAGAAGUUAGAUUCGGUGACUGUAAUUUCUCGAAGGGAGAAUUAAUGAAGACCCUGAUAAUGGAAGAGAAAUACAGCAAGGGGAUAAAGAUUGGCACCCUAUUUUGACUUGGAUAAAUGUUGUGACAGGAUGAGCUGCUGUCAAACAUAAAAGCAAAGAAUAGGGAGAAAUCUGGAGAACCGAAAUUGCACGAGAGCACACGGAGAUUGUGCAGGAGUACCCGAAGGAUCCAACGAGGUACUGUAAUGAGACGAUAGGUGCAAGGAGAAGAAGAGUUCCCAGAUGAAGCUCAGAGAUUAUAGUUGAAGAGAUUAUAGUUGAAGACUGUGAGAAGAUGGAGGAGAUAAUAGGUGGAACAAGACCAGAUGAAGAGGGGGUUAUGGGUGAAGAAACCAGCAGCAGCAAUAUCGAAUUCAAACUGCCAAAGUUAAGAAAUAUGAAAUUGAGACGAUUACCAGAACUGAAAAGCAUUUGUAGUGCAAAAUUGAUUUGCGAUUCUAUCGAAGUAAUUGAAGUAGAAAAUUGCGAGAAGAUAGAGGAGAUAAUAAGUGGAACAAGAUCAGAUGAAGAAGGGGUUAAGGGUGAAGAAAGCAGUAGCAGCGAAUUCAAACUCCCAAAGUUGAAAUUGUUGGUAUUGACGGGAUUACCAGGACUGAAAAGCAUUUGUAGUGCAAAAUUGAUUUGCGAUUCUAUCGAAAGAAUUGAAGUAAGAAAUUGCGAGAAGAUAGAGGAGAUAAUAAGUGGAACAAGAUCAGAUGAAGAAGGGGUUAUGGGUGAAGAAAGCAGUAGCAGCGAAUUCAAACUCCCAAAGUUGAAAUUGUUGGUAUUGACGGGAUUACCAGAACUGAAAAGCAUUUGUAGUGCAAAACUGAUUUGCGAUUCUCUCGAAGUAAUUGGAGUAAGAAAAUGUGAGAAGCUGAGGAGGUUGCCAAUUUGUCUUCCGUUGCUUGAAAAUGGCCAGCCAUCUCCUCCCCCUUCUCUUAAAUACAUCAAGGUAGAUUCAGAAGAAUGGUGGGAGUCAGUAGUGGAGUGGGAGCAUCCUAACGCUAAGGAUGUCCUUCGUCCCUUUGUAAGGUUUUAGAUUUUAAAUUAAGAGUAAGCAUUGUUGUUUUAAUUGGAUUAAGCUUAAGCUAUGUGUCUACUUAAUGACUGAUUUGUUUAUUAUAUGAAUAGGUUUGUCAUCCGUCCCUUUAUGGAGUUUUCAUUCGUAAGCAUUCAUGUGAAACUCUUGUAAUUAAAAGUAGCUCGCUCAUAUUAAAAUCAAAUUUGUAGUCAAUCAAGACUUUUUUUUU